GUUUUUCUUAAGUUGCUGUAUACGGCUCUCACCUUGUCAGAAUCCCCUACACCAUUCAGUUUUGUUCAUCGCCACCUCGUCUCCAUCUGUUCAAUACUAUCCCAAUAAUAGUGACCGGAAGACCGCGGGUUUCUGUCGGCGGGUCGUUUCCGAUAGAAAACCACCCUCGUGGAUAUCCUUCUGAUAGAUCAACGGCAAAAGAAAGAUAUCAAUUUGCAAACGGGACGUCGAACCUUGUCUGCAUCUGAACACGGCCGAGGCGCUCCGGAUGUCGAACGCCUUCGAAAAAUGCCUUCUGGGCCUUGAUACGAUCACGAACAACAACCGCCGCGAUUGCAGAGAGCUCUGCACUCUCGAAACAUGCCCUCUAGGAUACUCAUACUGGGGCUACCUGCCGUCUCUGGCGGCGAAUAGCCUUUUCACAGCCCUCUUCGCCCUCACCGUCGUCGCAUUCGUUGUCCAGAGUGUGGUGUAUCGAAGUUUUCAUGGCUUCACAAUCGCCAUGAUUUGCGGUAGCCUUUUGGAGAUGAUAGGAUAUAUCGGACGGGUUAUGGCCCAUAGCAAACCAUUUGCUGAGGACCCUUACCUCCUCCAAAUCAUCUGCCUGACUAUUGCCCCGGCCUUUUACGCUGCCGGCAUAUACCUUCUUCUCAAACGCGUCGUCCUCAGCAUUUCCUCCGCCGCAUCACCGAUCCCCGCCCGAUACUACCCCCGCAUCUUCAUCCCAUGUGACGUCGCCUCUCUCCUCUUGCAAGCCAUCGGCGGCGGUAUUGCCGCCUCCGCCUCCCACUCCGACCGCGACCCCACGGCCGGCAACAACAUCAUGAUUGCGGGUCUUGCCUUCCAAGUCUUUACGAUGCUCAUGUUCAUCAUCUUCUCCCUCGUCUUUGCGUGGCGCGUCUAUUCUCUGAUGCGAUCCCAAGGCGCCGAUGCCGCGCUGGAGCAAGGGGCGGGAUUGGCGACGUUACGAAGCAGUUUCAAGUUCAAAGCGUUUAUCGUCACGCUGUCAUUCGCGACACUGUGUAUCUUCACGCGAUGUGUGUAUCGUGUCGCGGAGCUGAGCGAGGGUUGGGAUGGACGGUUGAUCUCGACGCAGAGAUACUUUAUCGGGCUGGAGGGCGCGGUGAUCGCCGCGGGGAUAGUAGCGCUCAACCUGUUUCAUCCGGGGAUGUGCUUCCAGCAGGGCUAUGCGGGCAUGCCGUGGAGGUCGACAACGAAGGUGGAGAAGCAGGAAGGAGCCAAAGAAGCGGUAGUGAUGAGCAUAGACGGGAGCGAGAAAGGUAGCAAUGGUGUCGUUGUGCCAUAACGCAGCGGUGCGUCCUCGAUUUUCGCUCUGUUGCUAUUAGCCUUUGAGUGGAAAAUUUAGCCAGCGGGCUAUCCAAGUGUACGAGCGUUUUAGGAUUCUGACAGCGCAUUGGA